ACCAGCUGUGAUGUGUGUGGAGUUAAUCCUCUGCACCUGAUGUGAAUCACCAGCUAAUGAAAACCUGACACUGCAGGAUCCCCACAUGUCAGCAGAGAAAUGGACGUUCAACAGCAGAAUAGGCCUUAUCUGGAGCCCAUCCAGGAAGAGUCGGAGCAGGAGGAUGAAACUGGAGGAAGUGGAACAGAGGGAGAGGAGGAUUUUCAAAGUGAAGUGGGUGUGGAGAUGGAGGAGGAAGUGGCAGAAGAGGAAGAAGAAGAGGAGGAGGAAGAGGAUGAGGAUGAUGAUGAUGCCCCUCUGAGGGUUCUGAGACCCAGGCGAUUGUCUCGUUCCCUCAGCAACUCAGAGAGUUUCCUUCAGUCGCACUCGGCUGACAGUCACCAGAGAGACUUGGACAAUAGCUCAGUGUCAGAUGCAGUGGAUUUAAGUGAUGAGGCUGAAAGUUCUUGGCAGCAAAAGUUAGGAAAUGAGAAACAGGCCAUUGGUCGGGGGCUGAAAGGGAAGAAUCUUAAAACACCUGAAACAUCGGUGCAGAGAAAGAGGAAGAGGAAAAGCCACAAGAAGACGUCACAAUGUCUGUUUCCUCCGUGGGUGGUGGAGCUGAUGGUCAACAUCGAAGAGGCAAAAAAACACCGACUGGUGGUUGAGUAACGCUUGUCCGCUCAUGAGCUGAACGUGGGGACGUUGUGCACAUCAGGCUCUGACCUUGUUCAUACUGAAUGUAGAACAAACCCAACACACAAAUAAAACACACCAUGUGAAGGGUGAGCAUGGGCUGAGAGUAAAGUCAACCAAUGAAUAAACACAAGAAAAAAAAAGCUGAUUAAGAAAUAUUGGUUUCAUGAUAAAAGUUCAUGAAGUUCAUGUUCUCUUCAACACUUUGAUGUAUCUUGAAAUACAAUUCAUUAAACAAGUCAUUAUACUUUUGGCAUGAGUGACCUACAGAACAUGUUACUAAUAAAUGGUAGAUUCCUUUUUCUCGGCCCUGAGCUUCAGGCUGAACCCUUUUACCUUUCUCCCCAUUGGUGCGUUUUGAUUCAAGUGACCAAGUAAAACGCUGUUAGAGGCCAAAGCUCUCUCUCUCUCGCUCCACGGUCAAACACACAGCUGGUCGUAUAUUAACUUUUGUCAGAGCAAUACGUUUAUCUCUGCUGGGUGCAACUUGUCUUUUGGUUUGUUGGCAGUCAGAUAAUGUCUUUAUUCAAAUGAGAUUCUUUUUUUUUGACAAUCUAAAUAGAGGGAAAAUAUUAAAAAGUGUUCUGAGAGAAAUGUACUUGUGUUGUGUCUUUGUACACCUAAAUUCACCUCAGUCAAAUCGUAUAUUCU